CUAGUCAGAUUUGAUUUAACCUAGAAGCUUCUAGGUCUCCUACACGUUUACUUUAUUAUAGACGGUCGACUUCUUCCAUCUUUAUCCAUUGAAACUAGUUCUCGCUCUUUAUACGAAUCCUUCCUCGCGAAAAUGGCUAAUCCUAAGGUUUUCUUUGAUAUGACCGUCGACGACAAACUGGCUGGUCGGAUUGUGAUGGAGCUCUUCGCCGACACGACACCAAGGACGGCCGAGAACUUCCGAGCCCUCUGUACCGGCGAGAAAGGCAUCGGGAAGAGUGGUAAGCCACUGUACUACAAGGGAUCACGCAUUCACUUUGUGUCCCGCAAAUUGAUGUUAUGUGGAGGAGACAUCAUUGUCGGGGACGGUCCGGGUGUCCUCUCUAUGGCCAAUGGUGGUCCAGACACCAACGAUUCUAGGUUCAUGAUCUGUAUGCAGAAGUGUUUUCCACUCGACGACGUGCACGUCGUGUUCGGCCAAGUUGUUGAAGGAAUAGAUGUGGUAGAGAGCAUUAUGGAAGAUGUAGUAACUUAUAACGGGAAGCCUUCCAAGACCGUGGUGAUCGCCGACUGUGGUCAAAUUUCAUAGAUUUGAGAGUUUUUUUAUCCUAUCACUACAAUGGUAGCAUGCUUGGUGUGUUUUUGUUCGUUGUUUGGAUUUGAGUUUGCUAAAAAAAAUAAAAAAACACACCUCCAAAUCUUGACCAGUACCGGCAACGGACUGAACUUGAUUUGCCAGUUGCCACAUUAUAAAUGUAUGGCUAAAGAGACUACGAAUACAUAUCAAACUUUCACGACA